AUGAAUCACACCAGAUGGAUUAAGCGAGAAGGAUGGUGGAAAGAAGUUGAGAAUCAAUCCGCCGAGCCAUCUAGAAGGUUAUGUAUGCUCUGUAUGGACGAGAAGCCUUCCUCCGACAUCUUCCGAGGAGCCACUGACUGCAAUCACUCCUACUGCACGGAGUGCACCAUCCAUUACGUAGCGGACAAGAUCAAAGAAAACUCAGGGUGGAUCAAAUGCCCUGACGUGGGGUGCACGCGUUUUCUAGAUCCCUACAUAUGUAGACAUCUGAUCCCUAAAGACGUGUUCGAGCGUUGGGAGAAAAUCUCGUGCGAGUCGUUGUUCUCGCCGCGGGAUAAGUUCUACUGUCCGUUCAAAGACUGUUCGGCGAUGAUGGUUGAAGAUGGAUUUAGUGCUAACGUGACGCAGACCGAGUGUCCUUCUUGUCACAGACUGUUCUGCAUGCAGUGUAAGGUGACGUGGCACAAGGGGAUUGGCUGUGAGGAGUUCCAGAGUUCUGGGAACACGAAGAAGAAGAGUAGUGAUGACAAAGAUGCUGUGUUGAUUCAGAUGGCUAAUAAUAAGCAGUGGAGAAGGUGUCCUAGUUGCAAGUUCUACGUCGGAAAAUCCUAUGCCUCCUAUGGCUGUAUGCAUAUUAGGUGCAGGUGUGGAUUUCAGUUUUGCUAUCGUUGUGGAUCGGCGUGGAAGGAUUCUCAUUACGCAUGCAGAACUCUAAGGCAGUAUUACAUCUUCAACUAA